AUGUUAAGGUUUCUUGUGAGAUCCUCACUAAAAAACCCUCAAUGGAAUCCAAAACCCAUCAUUCCAAUCUCUCAAUCCCCACUUCACAGUCACUUUUCUUCCAAAUCAGGCAAAUCUUCAGCUGCAAAAGGUUUCAACAAAGCCAACAAUAAAAAACCCAUUAAGAACCCAAAAAACUCUGGUCUUGAUGAUUCAAAAACUUUUGUAGCUGACACCAGAGGGAGUACUGAUGAGAGAGUGCUUCGUGCUCGUCGUCUUGCUGAAGAUGAGAAUAACCCUUCACUUAAUGUGGGUCCUAAUGGGAGACCUUUGUUUACUGAUACUAGUUCUCUCUCUCAGCUUACACGCAAAGACACUUGCUCUUACUUCAAAUUCAGCGAGAAGGAAUUGAAUCAGAUGUUGCCAGAGGGAUUGCCAACGGGGAUGGUGAAGGAGUUUGAGGAAUCUAUGAGGAGUGCAUUGCUUGUUAGACAGAGUUUUCUGGAUCUUCGCAAUAAUUUUAGACGCAUUGUUGAUCCUCCGUUGCUCUCUUCCGAUGGUAAAGGUCCGAAAGUUAGAAAGCAGAUUGUAUUAGAUGGUCCUGUUAAUUGUGGAAAGAGUAUAGCGCUUGCUAUGCUUGUUCAUUGGGCUCGUGAAGAAGGUUGGCUAGUGUUUUAUGUUCCCAGAGGAAGGGAGUGGACUCAUGGUGGAUUUGUCUAUAAAAACCCAAUCACUGGUCUUUGGGAUACACCUCUUCAGGCCGAAAAUGCUCUCAAGGAUUUUGUGAAAUACAAUGAAUCUCACUUGAAGCAAUUGCCUUGCCAUAUAUUUGAUCCCGUUCCACUUGGAGAGGGUGCUGGAAUUGGAUUGUUAAAAGGAGUCGAUUCAAUGCCAGUGCCUGAAAACUCGACUUUGUAUGAUCUGGUUCAAAUAGGAAUCAAGCACACACAUGCUGCUGUUGGGGUAGUGGUUCGCUUGAGGAAAGAGUUAUCACUUGUGAAGGAUAUUCCUGUCCUCUUUGCAAUUGAUCAGUAUAAUAACUGGUUUACAUUCAGUGAGUAUGAAGAACCAGUAACUAUGCGUUCAUGUCGACCAGUACAUGCUAAAGAACUUGCAAUGGUAAAUGCUUUUAGGUCUAUGAUGCAUAAUAGCAUGAUGGUGGGUGCCUUUUCCCAUUCAACGGCAGUUGGAAAGUUGCGUAUGGAUUUGCCAGAUGUUCCUGUAGAUGCUCGUGUUAAUCUACCCCGAUAUAAUUUAGACGAAGCAGCUGCUGUUUGCCAUUACUACCUUAGGCAAAGAUUAUUGCCUCGAGAAGCAUUCACAGAGGAGAGCUGGAAGAAGAUAUAUUAUUUGUCGAAUGGAAAUGGAGCAGAAAUGAGAGGGUUACUUCCUCUAAUGCACACUUUCUGCCUUUUCCGCAUCCGAAAAGUAAAUGCUUUUAGGUCUAUGAUGCAUAAUAGCACGAUGGUGGGUGCCUUUUCGCAUUCAAAAGAAGCUGGAAAGAUUCGUGACGAUUUGCCAUUACCAGAUGCAAUAUUUUGUGCCUGGAGAAGCAUUGUCAGAGGUGAUGGGGAAGAAUGUAUUAUUUUGUUCAAAAGGAAAUGCAGCACAAAUGAGAAGAUUCCUUCGUGUAUUGCUAAUGCUGAAAGGCCAUGGUUCGACGAAUUUGAACAUAGUUUGACACAACUGAGAAGAGCAUAG